GUGUACGCAGACGAACCACGCGAUGGUGUCCAGCCCUGAAUGCUACGGGGAAGGCGAAGGUGAGGGUAAGAGGAGGACGAAGGAGAAGAGGUCGACAUGAGACAACAACGGGGGUAUGUUGAACCACGAUUGGAUAGUGUUACUCCUAUCAAGUUCAGGAUGUGUGAUACUGAGGAUUGGAAUGCUAAUUGCUUCCAAAUCCUGUCAGCGCAGGAGGAGGUGGGUUGUACGCGGUUCACUCUACAUGUAAAAGAAGGAAGUUGUUGGUGCGGCGGGUGGAAAUCGAUAAGAUCGAGCUAUGGGAAAUCCGAGGUUAAGGUGAAUGGGCAGCGUAGCAAGUUGUACCAGUGUAAGCAGGAAACCGAGAACGGGGCUGCAAUAGAGUUUCUUCAGUUGAGAAGGUGGAAGCCGAAGAUUACUAAGGACAAAGCCUUCCUUGUCUCGAUCUUACGCAAAAAGGACCGUGGGGAAGCGUUGCGUAAGUGUAGCCUGGAUGCAUUGUUGAGAUUGGCGGGUGCAGCUCAGGAUUUCGAGAGAGCAUCCACUACAGCCUACCUUAGGAGACUUAUUGGUAGAGCGAUCAAGGAAGUGUAUGGAUGGAGUUUGAAUUCAAAAAUUACGGUGAAAUUGAAGUUCGACGACAGAAUCCGGAUUGUUGAAGUUAGGAAACUUUUGAACAGCAAGAUCGAGGAGAUGGAUAUUCCAGUCUGUUUGAGGAACCACGCGCGAAAGGGUGUGCGCAUCGUAUGGGAGAAGAACCCGUCGGUGGCGAACCUUUUACAUAAUCAGCGGUUAUUUGCCCAUGCUGAUGUUUCAACCUGCUCUUGUGCAGGGCUUCCCUAUCCCCGGAUAGGUGGACACGUGCGGUUUCGUCUAUCGGAGUUGGAGGACAUCCAUCCCUUGGCUUGUAAUGCUAAUAACAUUCCUAAACUUUCCUAUUCGGACCGUGGACGACUGUUGAAGCAGGAGAUUGUGGCAGGACUUGAAAGCUGGUGCAAUUGGAGAGGAUCGAGGCCCGCUAUUAGUAACAACGAUCUGGAGGGUUGUCUAACUGGGAUGCCUGAUGUCACGACCAAGUUUCUUGAUCCGAGGGUGGUGCAGCAACUGAAGAAGAGAUUUGAGGGACUGGUCUUGACACCCUUGGACAGAAACCCGGGGGAUACUCUUGUGCUCUGUCCUAAGGUGUAUUAUGAAGCGAUGGUGGAACUUUUUGUGGCAAGUGCGGGGUAUGUCGUGACAGCGAUGCACGAAGAUAUGGUAAUGGAGUUGAUGAAGGCGGAGUUGUCAGAAGCUGGUCUGAUGAAACUGGAACACUGGGACAAGUCGGGAAAAAUUGGGGAGGCCUAUGUUAUGCCCAAGCAUAAGGACCGUUGCCAAAGCACUUAACCAUUUGCUGUUCACUCUUCCACGCGACUGGCACUUUAGUCUG